AUGAUGAUGGGCAGCGCCCGCGUGGCCGAGCUGCUGCUGCUCCACGGCGCGGACCCCAACUGCGCGGAUCCCGCCACCCUCACCCGACCUGUGCACGACGCCGCCCGGGAGGGGUUCCUGGACACGCUGGUGGUGCUGCACCGAGCCGGGGCGCGGCUGGAUGUGCGCGAUGCCUGGGGCCGCCUGCCCGUGGACCUGGCUGAGGAGCGGGGCCACCGCGACAUAGUCCGGUACCUUCGCGCAGCCACGGGGGGCACCGGCAGUGGUAGCCACACCGGUACAGACGGUGCAGAAGGUGUCGCAGACAGCCGGACUUAAAGAAUCAUUGAGAUCUGAAGACACCUCAAUAUGGUUUUGAUCUUCCGUCACCCAAGAGAAAUAACCCCAUCCCACCCAACUCUUCCCUGCUUUCUUAGUUGCCAUAUAUCAAAUAGCGCUUUUUAAAUCUGCCUUCCCCUUCCCCUAAAUUUACAUUUGU